AUUCGUCACCAGCAGGUGGGAGCAGAGUGCCAGGAGCAGCUACUGCGCAUGUGCUACGCAUCUCCGUCUGCAAUACCAAUUUUUGUCCAGCGGGUAGGAGCAGAGAAUGAGUUGCCGCUGUGACGCCUCUCCGCCUGCAGUACCGCUGUUCGGCCAGAAGGUGCCACCCGACACCGCCCCGCUGCCCGUUCCGACCCAGCCUUCUCCGCUCAUGCGCGGAAGCAGAUCUGCAGCCACGGCUUCCAAAACCGUCUGCUCAUAAAGGGAAGCAGCGGGAACCAGGCGGAACACGGCACGAAAACGGCAAGAAAAGGCACCCCGCUUUACUGACGUGGAGGAAGAAACUGCCGUUCCAAACUUCCCAUGUGCCACUACGGGCUUGGAAGCUGAGUGGCAACUUGAAACUGCAUUUCCCGGCGUGCCCCGGAAAGCAAUUUGGCCUACCGGAAGCCUGGAGCCCAAAGAGCACAACUCCCGGUAUGCCGCAGGGCACGGUGCUCACAGCACCUGACCCUAUGGACGCCCCGGAGCCAGCCCCGACCUUUCUGACCUGCUCCCCUGUCUGGUGGCCAACCCUGCACCCCUGCCCCGCGGUUCCGCCACUCCCGCCAGAGACUUUCCCUGUCCCAGGAAUUGAGGAGCAUGAAGAAUGACAAUGGGGAGGGAGAGAAGCUAAUGAAACCUAGGGGAAAAUUUACUGUUUUGUGAGGGAAAUUCUGUGAUAGCAUUACAGGAUAAGAAACUAUAUUUAUGGAUUAAAAUCUGAGCAUCCGAUGGUGGAGGAGGAAGAAAGAAGAGUCUUGGUGUGGAGCUGUGCAGCAAGAGGAGCAGAGGACUGAUGAGGUGGCACAAGAAAGGCAUCCAGGGCAAAGGGAACCCCUUGUCACCAGGGCUGCAGUCACGUGAGAGCAUAGCUGGUUUGUGUUUGUCCCUGUAAGCAGGGCUGGGUCUUUGCGAUUUUUUUGGCCUUUUGGCCCGUUGCUCCUCUGGCUGCCCAGAGAAUGCGGCCCUCGUGUAGGCAGGGCGAGAGGCAGCAUCUCCGUACCCAAAAGGGGGAUGGAGCUCGCCAGACCCCAAGGCCUCCCUGUAAGCAGGGGAGGUCUGUUUCCCCGCUCCUGCAGCCCCAGCAGCUUUCUGACUGCCGUUGGCCUGGCCAGCAUGGCCCCCUGUCAUCAGCAUGUGUUACGUCUCUUGGCCUUUGCCUCCUGGGAAGCUCCUGUUGGCAUAUUGAGGUCUCUGGCUUCUUUGCAGCCCCUUGGGGCCGGCCUGAGGCUCUCCCAUCCUGCUGGCGGGGAGGGAGGGGCUGCUCCCCAGGCGCUGGCUGUAUGGAGCUCUCUUUCUCUUCGGGAAUGGCAACUUUACCCCACAAAAGGAAUGGAGGAGGAAAAACAGUGAUGGGUGGCAGGACAGAUGGAGGAAGAAAAAACAGGGACAGGAAGCAGGACAGAGGUAUGAAGAGCAAAAGGGGAACUGGGAGCAGGACAUAGGAAGGAAUAGAGAGCAAGAAAGGGCAGAGAAUCAAAGAGAAACAGAGGGACACGGAUUGGGACAGGAAUUAAGAGAACAAGAAAUGAGUGGGAAGAAAGACAGGGACAGUAGCCUAUAUAAAAAAUAAACCAGGGACAGUGAGCAGGGCAGAGGGAAAGAGAGAAAAAAGACAGGAAGAAGGAAAGAAGAAUAGAGAAAAAAUGGCACAGGAGCGGGACAUAGAGAGAGAAAAAAAGAGGACAGGACAGACCUGGCAGUAUGGAAUUUUGGUUAUCGGGUCACAGAAGAGAGCUUGGUGGCACUGCAGUUUUCCUCCUCAUAUGUGCUUGUAUUUUGUAAAACUGAGGGUUCAGUGUCUUUCAAUUAUAGUUUACAUUGGUCGUAGUUGAGGGUUUCUUACUCAGGGGUUAUAGUUUAUUAAUUUAUUGGGUGAGACUCAGUAUUUGUCUGGUUUUAUAGUUUACUCAUUUACUGAUCAGGCAUCGGGGUUUACAAUUUAACAUAAUCUACAAACUUUAAAUACCUGACAAUAAUUUGUUGGCCCCAGAUCUCUGCAGAGCUCCCACCUGUGACACUCCUUCAACUGUCAGGCUACACCUCAGCAUCUGCAGAGGACUGAACAGUUAACAAAUGGCCAGGCACAACCCCCCCAGAACUGUGCCCUAGUCUGCAGUAAGUAAUAGUUGCUGCAAAAUUAAGGCUGGCUAUGCUACUUUGGUCACCUUCUCUGGGUCUGUUUCAUUACCAGGAUGUCAAGUAGCCCUGCAAGUCUGACAGUUUCACUUAGGUGCCCAGCUAACUCCAGCCCUCUGUAGAUGACAGUCCUCAGAAACUGGCACAGACUGAGACUGCAAUGCUAAGUGACUGCCCUACUUGGCAUGACAAUGCACACACCCAACACAGAAAGGAGGAACAAGCAGUCCCCUCACUUAACCACCCUCUCACUCAUCACAGGCAGAAGGAAUGUGAAGCAACCAGCUAUCACAGUGCCUGAGCUCUGUGUUCAGCAUACCGUCAUCAGAAAAGUGCCUCUCAUCCAUCGGAGAGCCAGGAAGACAGCCCACCCCAGCUGUCUGUCCCCAGCUGUCUGUCACUCCUUCUCCACUAACGCUUCUGCAUUAAGUGCAGCCCUAGUCCUUCCUUCAAAGAGAACACUGCCACAGCAUGCAAAAUUUGUGGGCACCUUCAGACCGCUCAUAAAGCUGUGUCCAGCCAAAACAGGAUGAGAACGACAGUCUCUUAAAAACGCGACACUGGAGGGACCGAGCUACUGAGGCACUGACCCUGGCCGGCACAAUGACCGAAGCAGGGCUCCGCGCCCCUCGCUCGAGCUGCCUAGUGAACAACGCCAGCGCCCUCUCUGCGGCCCGCGCCGUGGACCCGCGGGCUCUAGGACCCGGGCUCCGCGGCCUGCGCCAUGGCGUGCGGCGGAGGGGACGCGGGCUGCCGCGGCGCUGGGCCGCAGCGCAACCUUCGCCGGCGGCCUCCGCCCCCGUGCGCUCGCCUGGUCUGCGUUAGCGGGGAAGAUCCGAAACCGACGGGAGCGCGGGGGCGCCGCGGCGGGAAGCGCGCUGAUGCCCUUCUCGGGUGCGCCCGACAGCUUCACCUCUGGUUGCUGCUGGUGCCCGGCGCCUCUGAGAGUUCUCUGUUCUGUAUCUGAAGAUCUGGGUUGCAGACGUGGAGAGUUUAGCAGAAAGCACUAUGGAUCUGUGGAGCUUCUUAUAUCUAGUGAUGCUGAUGGAGCCAUCCAAAGAGCUGGAAGAUUCCGUGUGGAAAAUGGCUCCUCUAAUGAGCAUUUGAUCUGCAGUCUCCCAAUUCUGUUUCAGAAUACAGACUACACUCCAGGAACAUGGCACAGAACAGAUGUGCAUUUGGAAAAUCCAGAAUAUUAUACAAGAUGGUAUUUCAAAUAUUUUUUAGGAAAAGUUCAUCAGAAUUACAUAGGUACAGAUGCAGAGAAGAACCCUUUCUUUCUGUCCGUUGUACUCUCUGACCAAAAUAAUCAGCGUGUUCCCCAAUACCAUUCAAUUCUUUGGAGAAAAACAGGUACUCAGAAAAUAUGUCUCCCUUACAGUCCCACAAAAACAUUAUCAGUGAAAUCUAUAUUGAGUGCUAUGAGUCUUGAGAAAUUUGAGAAGAGCCCAAGGGAAAUUUUUCAUCCCGAGAUACAAAAGGAUUUAUUGGUUCUUGAGGAGCAAGAGGUAAAUGGAUCUGUGAAUUUUAAAUUUGGAGUCCUUUAUGCUAAGGAUGGGCAGCUUACAGAUGAUGAAAUGUUCAGCAAUGAAACUGGAAGUGAGAGCUUUCAAAGAUUUUUGCAUCUCUUGGGCGACACAAUUACUUUGAAAGGCUGGACAGGCUACAGAGGAGGACUGGACACAAAAAAUGAUACAACAGGAACCUGUUCCAUCUAUACAGUUUAUCAAGGGCAUGAAAUUAUGUUCCAUGUUUCAACCAUGCUGCCAUAUUCUAGAGAGAACAAGCAGCAGGUAGAAAGGAAGCGGCAUAUUGGAAAUGACAUUGUCACUAUCGUAUUUCAGGAAGGAGAAGAAUCUUCUCCAGCAUUCAAGCCGUCCAUGAUUCGCUCUCAUUUUACACAUAUUUUUGCCUUGGUGAGAUAUAAUAAGCAGAAUGAUAGUUACAGGCUGAAAAUAUUUUCAGAAGAAAGUGUUCCUCUCUUUGGACCUCCACUUCCAUCCCCCCCUGUGUUUACAAAUCACCAGGAAUUCAGGGAUUUUGUGUUAGUGAAAUUAAUAAAUGGUGAAAAAGCCACCUUGGAAACCCCAACAUUUUCUCAGAAACGUCAGCGCACUCUAGACAUGCUGAUCCGCUCUUUAUACCAGGACCUGAUGCCUGAUCUACACAAGGUAAAUAACAUGCUUAAUAGAAGGUCUUUCAGUGAUGUGUUGCCAGAGUCCCCGAAAUCAACACGGAAAAAAGAAGAAGCUCGGCAAGCAGAAUUUGUCCGACUCGGUCAG